AUGGCCAGGCCUUCCAAGAGAUAUUCUAGCUCCAAAUUGAAAACCCGUGGAAAGAGUCAUUCCGCUACGAAGGACGAAAAGAAAGCGAAGGCACAAUAUGAGCAAGCAAGACGUCGCCAGUGGUGCGUAGUGAAGAAAGUUGAUGAACUGCACACACUAUGCAAGAAGAAGUACUUUCCCCUCAUUGUCGAUGACCAUCGAGCCGACUACGUCAGCUCUGAGAACAUUUCAGAGGAAUGGCCGUAUUCAAUGAAAGCUACGACAUACCUCGAGAUUGGCUAG